UCAGGGGCAACCGGGCGCCGCAGACCCGACCCCCGCCCCCGCCGCGCCCUCCGCCGCACUUGUCCUACUGCGCGCCCCCUGGAGCGCCGCGCACCCCUGGGACCCUUGCGCGUCCGGGUCCCCAGCAUAAACCCGGGAGCCUCGCGCGCCCCGGGAGCCCGGUACUGCCCCGGGAGCCCUGCGCGCGCCUGGACCGAGACGCAGCUCCAGGACCUCCGCUAGCCCCCAAACCUUCGCGCGCUCUCAGAACCCCGGUGCUCGGCCCGCGGGGCCGCGCGCCUUGGUGAGGGGGGCCCCGCCCCAAAGGGUCCCCCUCUUGCAACAGACGGAGCCCCGCCCCAGAGGGACCCCCAGGUCCAGCAGGGACGUCCAGCCACGCCCCAGAGGGCUCCCAGCAUCCCGCGGCUGGAGCCCCGCGCUCCAGAGGAACCUCCGUGCCCAGCUGGGGGCUCCCCGCCCGGCCGAGGGGGCGCCGCCCAGGAGGGUCCCCGCGUCCCGCGGGUCCCGGCAGGAUGCACGCCGCCCUGGCGGGACCGCUGCUCGCCGCCCUCCUCGCCACAGCCCGCGCCCGCCCGCAGCCUCCGGACGGAGGACAGUGCCGGCCGCCUGGAUCGCAGAGGGACCUGAACUCCUUCCUGUGGACUGUUAGGCGUGACCCCCCGGCCUACCUGUUUGGCACCAUCCACGUCCCCUAUACCCGUGUCUGGGACUUCAUCCCAGACAACUCCAAGGCAGCCUUCCAGGCUAGCGCCCGCGUCUACUUUGAGCUGGACCUGACGGACCCCUACACUAUCUCAGCGCUGGCCAGCUGCCAGCUGCUGCCACAUGGGGAGAACCUGCAGGACGUUCUGCCCAGAGAGCUCUACUGGCGUCUGAAGCGCCACCUAGACUACGUGAAGCUGAUGAUGCCCUCGUGGAUGACGCCUGCACAGCGGGGCAAAGGGCUCUAUGCCGACUACCUAUUCAACGCCAUUGCAGGCAACUGGGAGCGCAAGAGGCCCGUGUGGGUGAUGCUUAUGGUGAACUCACUCACGGAGACAGACGUACGUUCCCGAGGAGUGCCGGUGCUUGACCUCUACCUGGCCCAGCAGGCUGAGAAGAUGAAGAAGAGCACCGGUGCUGUGGAGCGGGUGGAGGAGCAGUGCCAUCCACUCAAUGGGCUCAACUUCUCCCAGGUUCUGUUUGCCCUGAACCAGACCCUGCUGCAGCACGAGAGUGUGCGGGCAGGAAGCCUGCAGGCACCCUACACCACGGAGGACCUCAUCAAGCAUUAUAACUGCGGGGAUCUCAAUGCUGUCAUCUUCAACCACGACACAUCCCAGCUGCCCAACUUUAUCAACACCACCCUGCCACCACACGAGCAGGUGACAGCACAGGAGAUCGACAGCUACUUCCGCCAGGAGCUCAUCUACAAGAGGAAUGAGCGGAUGGGGAAGAGGGUCAUGGCGCUUCUGCAGGAGAACGGAGACAAGAUCUGCUUCUUUGCCUUCGGAGCAGGUCACUUUCUGGGCAACAACACAGUCAUCGAUGUCCUUCGGCAGGCAGGGCUGGAGGUGGAGCACACACCCGCCGGGCAGACCAUCCAUAGCCCUGCCGCCUGGACCCCCGCACCCCUCCCUGAGGGGGCCUCGGCAAGCCCAGCCCCAGUGACCCCAGCUGCUGCUGUCCCCGCAACACCCUCGGCGACCCCCACCACCCCACCCGAGGAGGAGGACCCAGCCCUGUCCCCACAUCUCCUGCUCCCCGACAGCCUCAGCCAGCUGGAGGAAUUUGGGCGGCAGAAGAAGUGGCACAAGAGGCAGAACAAACACCAGCGGCCACGGCAGUUCAAUGACCUCUGGGUCCGCAUCGAGGACAGCACCACUGCCUCACCACCUCCGCUGCCCCUGCAGCCCACGCACAGCUCUGGGACCACCAAGCCCCCCUUUCAGCUCUCCGACCAGCUCCAGCAGCAGGAAGAGCCAGCGCUCCCCAGCAGCUCCGCGCCUGGCUACACGCGGCCCACCCUCGGCCUCCUCCCCGCCGUCGCUGCCAGCAUCGCAGCCCCCUUCCUGCUGCACACCCUCGGGCCCUCUUGACCCCCACCGCCCCAGGCAGAGAGGCCAGAGAAGCCACAGGGUCUGCGGCCAUCUCCCACUGCCCUUGCCCCCACCUCCAGGGGUGCCUGACCCCUCACGGGCAGUCCAGAUGGGAUUCGUUAGAACACUAAA